AUGACUGACUUCUCCAAGGAUAAAGAGAAGCUUGCACAGGCAACCCAGGGGGGAGAGAACGAGCGCGCAGAGAUAGUCGUCGUGCACCUCCCUCAGGGAACGUCGUUCUUGACCUCUCUCAACCCCGAGGGGAACUUGCUUGAGGAGCCCAUAUGCCCCGACGAGCUCAGACGCGAUCACGAGGGCUUCCAGGCCGUUCUCAAGGAGAAGGGGUGCCGGGUUUAUAUGCCGUACGACGUCCUCUCCGAGGCCUCUCCGGCUGAGAGGGAGGUCCUCAUGGAUCAAGCAAUGGCCUCGCUGAAGUACGAGCUCCAUGCCACAGGUGCACGCAUCACCCCCAAGAUGAAGUACUGUGUUUCGGACGAGUACAAACGCAAGGUCCUUUCGGCCCUGUCGACCAGAAACCUUGUAGACGUGAUUUUAUCCGAGCCCGUCAUCCACCUAGCUCCUGGUGUCCGCAACACGGCUCUCGUUACCAACUCUGUGGAGAUCCACGAUAGCAAUAACAUGGUCUUUAUGCGUGACCAGCAGAUAACCACCCGGCGCGGAAUAGUCAUGGGCCAGUUUCAGGCGCCGCAGAGGAGGCGCGAGCAGGUCCUGGCCCUGAUCUUCUGGAAGCGCCUCGGGGCCCGCGUCGUGGGAGACUGCCGUGAGGGAGGACCGCACUGCAUGCUCGAGGGUGGGGACUUCGUGCCUGUGUCGCCCGGGCUGGCGAUGAUGGGUGUGGGCUUGCGCAGCACCUAUGUCGGAGCGCAGUAUCUUAUGUCUAAAGAUCUCCUCGGGACCCGGCGGUUUGCUGUCGUCAAGGACUGCUUUGAUCAGCACCAGGACCGUAUGCACCUUGACUGCACCUUCAGCGUCCUCCACGACAAGCUAGUGGUGCUCGAUGACUAUAUUUGCUCCGGGAUGGGCCUGAGGUACGUCGACGAGUGGAUUGAUGUCGGUGCUGAUGCAGUGAAAAAAGCAAAGAGCUCCGCAGUCACUUGUGGAAAUUACGUCUUGGCGAAGGCAAAUGUUGAGUUCCAGCAGUGGCUCAGCGAAAAUGGUUACACGAUCGUCCGCAUUCCUCAUGAGUACCAGCUUGCAUAUGGCUGCAAUAAUCUCAAUCUGGGAAACAACUGCGUCCUCAGCGUCCACCAACCAACAGUGGACUUCAUCAAGGCAGAUCCUGCGUACAUCUCAUACUGCAAAUCAAACAACUUGCCGAACGGGCUCGAUCUAGUUUACGUUCCGUUCCGAGGAAUCACCCGCAUGUACGGCUCUCUGCACUGCGCAUCUCAGGUUGUUUACCGCACGCCGCUGGCCCCUGCUGCCGUCAAGGCGUGUGAGCAGGAGGGUGACGGAAUUGCCGCCAUAUAUGAGAAGAAUGGCGAGCCAGUUGAUGCGGCGGGGAAGAAGUUUGAUUGCGUGAUCUACAUUCCCUCAAGCGUGGACGACCUUAUUGAUGGUCUGAAGAUCAACUUGAGAGAUGAUGCUGCUCCCAGCAGGGAGAUCAUCGCAGAUGCGUACGGGCUCUACCAAAAGCUCGUAUCUGAGGGAAGGGUCCCUUACAUCACGUGGAGGAUGCCGUCGAUGCCUGUUGUCAGCCUGAAGGGUGCCGCCAAGGCCGGGUCUCUGAAGGCCGUCCUGGACAAGAUCCCGCAGCUCACGCCCUUUACUCCCAAGGCGGUUGAGGGUGCACCUGCAGCCUAUACGCGUUAUCUGGGCCUGGAGCAGGCUGACAUCUGCGUCGAUAUCAAGUGA